GAACUUCUAAAGUCCAUAUUCUGAUCCUACCAGUCAGUAGUAAGGCUGCAUCGGUCUUUCGCUCUACACAACAAAGGGCAAACUGCCUGCGUGGCAACACGGUCUGCAGGGUGAAACUUUUCUACGAACGUCCUCGCGCAGCCCAGCCAGGAGAUGCCAAAUUGUUGUUUAAAUUAGACAACACUCGCAGACUAGUCCUCUGAAGCCAUGAUAUGAUUGAUGAAACUACACCCGGUGCUGUGAAGGCGCUCGUGCGCGCGUAAAGCUGCUGUGAUGCUCGUCUAAAAUCCAUCGAUAGGAGGACAUGAUAGAAUGACAUGAACAUCAUGGGACAGUUAGAAAUAUGGUUGUGCCAAUGAAAACUGUCAAUGAAGCAUGAGUUCUGAACUUAACCCUCCAGCUGAUCUCAGAAACUGCCCCGUGACCUCAGAAAGUACCAGAGACGACAUGGAUCCUGAAGACACUUGCAUGACUCAGUCUUCUCUCUUGUACCUUCUUCAUGAAGCCACUAAGCUUGUUACACCACCAGAACAGCACAGUCUGGAUGCAGACAAACUCCAUGAUGGCUCCAAAGAGAUGAUUGUUUCACACGACUCGACUAGCUUGAAGCAAAAAGGUCAGGAAGUUAGAACUGUCAAAACACAGCCUAGCUUUACAGCAGGCUUGUCUGUGUUGAGCAGUAGUCCAUGGGAGGUGAUGAGUCUCAUAAACCUCCAGUGUGAGAGGCUGCUGCACUCUGGUGGAACAGAGGAAGAAGACUCCAAAACCCACACGACUAAAAUAAAUACUAAAUCUGAAGACAGAGAUGUUAGGCAAGAAUGGUCCUCGUUUCCUUCAGCUGGUUUUACUUCUUCUACCGUGUCCUCGAGAGCUGAUGCGAUGGAACUUGCGAUGGAGUCUGAUGUUUGCUGCUCUGUUCCACAUAUCGAUCCAACUGAUCACCUGUCAGUUCGGCGCACCGGUGAGAACCGUGAAAGUGCAACAAUCAGAGAUGUAGAGGAUCUUGCAGAGCUCAUUUCUGAGACCACAGAGGACAGUUUACUUUCCAGCAGGGUAAUGAGUGAAGAAAGGACUGACCGCUGUUUCCUGGGUGAAACAUCAGAGCUACCACUUGACUUGACAAAACAAGUGGAAAUUUGUGAACACACCAUAGAGAACGGUGAAAAUCCAGAGUGUGAGAGUGCAUUGUUGUCAGAAACCCCACCAUCAAGAACAGAUUUAAACAAUAACCUGGAGGAUGAGAAGGUCCGGGAGGCCGAAAAGAUUCUUACAGCGAUCUCUGCACAGUCCAGUUGGGGUAACCGAAGGAGGACACCUAGGAAGCAGGCUCACCCUGCACGCAGUGCUGAUCUACAAGACCCAGGGCUUCAGGGAGUCAUGUUCAGCAUGCACCCAGAGCUGGAUCACAGCACAGACCAGUGCCGCCUCCUCAUCACCUCCAACUACAGUAAGCUGUGCAGGCGUGGCAGGAGGAGCAGAAGCUAUAGUUCCACAUCACUGCAGAAUUCCCAGCGAACCAGCAGCUCGGAAGAGGAGAGUGACUCGGCCAGCCUGUACAAGAAGAUAUGUGCAUCAUGCUGCACAAAGAAGACUCCUUUAUGGCGAGAUGCAGAAGAUGGUACUCCACUCUGCAAUGCCUGUGGGAUCAGGUAUAAGAAGUACCGCGUGCGCUGUAUGCAGUGUUGGAACAUUCCCCGGAAGGAGGCCAGCUCCAACUCCAAGUGUUUGAAGUGCGGAGAUCUCCUCCAACUCUCCUCGCAAAGCAAACGGGCUGGAUGGUAGGACGGACCCGUGUUCUAGAAUCCAGUCUCCAUGUGCUCUAGAUUGUUCUUCUCAUAGGUGGCCAGUUUUCACUUGGGAAUUCUAGGACAACUUCGGUUGUUCUGGAAUAUUCAUAUAAAGCAAGUGUGUACUAAUGAAUAAAAAGCAUUUCUCAGCUGUAACCAGUCCCACAUCAGCUUUAUAACUAUAUGGAAAGUAAUCUAUAAUAUUCCGGUAGUGUCUGUGUGUUUGUAAAAGAUCUAGCUGGAAUAGUUCUUAAUAUUGUAAAGACUUCCAUAUAUUUGUCACUUUUUUUUUUUUUUUUUGUUAUAAUUAAAAUUAAUAUUUGAGCAUAUGAACAUACCUCGUCUUACUAAUUGUUUCUUCUGACUCCUAAAAAGAAAAUUGACUAAGCACCUUUAUAAUUUAUGAUCUUCUAAGUCUACACGCAAUCUUUCUGAGAACGUGAAGUGUGUAGAAUGGGUAAAUUUUGCUAGUGUCGCCUAUUUAGGCCUUAAAUGCAUGCAUAUUACUGUCUUCACAAACUCCUGUGUGAUUGUUUUUGUUCACUCUUUUGCUGCCUGUGAUACAUUUUUACAUAAGAAGUUAUUCUGUAAUCUUGUUUGGAUUUGGUUGAAAAUUAAAUUGUGUGAUGUAGA